UCACAGAGGUAGCUCCUCCGCCGGCAGCAACUCGGCGCCCGCGGUCCAUGGACCGGAACCCCGGGCCGACGUGCAGGAACCCGGGCCGCGAUCGCCGCCUCCCCGUCCCAGGCUCCUCCUCCUUGCUCCCCUCCGCCUCCUCCGGACGGCCGCAGGCCGCGCACCGCCACCGCCGGGCUCGCGGAGCCGCCCCGGGAGGCUGGGUGGUCGGCUCGCGGCUGCCGCCGGACUGAGGCCUACUUCGCCGCCUCUCAGUGCUAUUGUCCCUGGGCCCGGCCCUGACCGGGUCCGCUGGGGAGGCGAGUGCGCCGGCUCCGCGGAAGAUGCCGGACCAAGCUCUACAGCAGAUGUUGGACAGAAGUUGCUGGGUGUGUUUUGCCACUGAUGAAGAUGAUAGAACAGCUGAAUGGGUGAGACCAUGCAGGUGCAGAGGAUCUACAAAAUGGGUUCACCAGGCUUGUCUGCAGCGCUGGGUGGAUGAAAAGCAAAGAGGAAACAGUACAGCCAGAGUGGCGUGUCCUCAAUGCAAUGCUGAAUACUUAAUAGUUUUUCCAAAGUUGGUGUACUGGAGUGCCUGCUUUUCCAUUGUCUUUACCAACAUGCUGCUAUAUACAGAACUAAUUAUAUCUGCUACCUUAGCGUUGAUCAAAGCUCAGCAGAAUGUUCACUCAGGUCCAGUUGUUUACGUCUUGGAUCUUGCAGAUAGACUGAUCUCAAAAGCCUGUCCAUUUGCUGCGGCGGGAAUAAUGGUUGGCUCUAUCUAUUGGACAGCUGUGACUUAUGGAGCAGUGACAGUGAUGCAGGUUGUAGGUCAUAAAGAAGGUCUGGAUGUUAUGGAGAGAGCUGAUCCUUUAUUCCUUUUAAUUGGACUUCCUACUAUUCCUGUCAUGCUGAUACUAGGCAAGAUGAUUCGCUGGGAGGACUACGUGCUUAGACUUUGGCGCAAAUACUCAAAUAAACUACAAAUUUUGAACAGUAUAUUUCCAGGAAUUGGUUGUCCUGUUCCUCGAAUUCCGGCUGAGGCUAAUCCUUUAGCAGAUCAUGUGUCUGCCACCCGAAUUUUGUGUGGAGCCCUUGUCUUUCCUACUAUUGCGACAAUAGUUGGUAAACUGAUGUUCAGUAGUGUUAACUCUAAUUUACAAAGGACAAUCUUGGGUGGAAUUGCUUUUGUUGCCAUAAAAGGAGCAUUCAAGGUUUACUUCAAACAGCAGCAAUAUUUACGUCAGGCACACCGCAAAAUUCUAAAUUAUCCAGAGCAAGAAGAAGCAUAAAACUGUGACUUCGCCUUGUUCUGCAGUUCUCUCAUCCUUCUGAGUCUGUUGUGUUGUUUUGGUUCCAUCAUUAAUGCACAGUAGUGGAGACUUGUGAUAAGCUGCUGCUCUCAUAUUUUUAAGAAAUAUAAUAAAGCACUUAGGACAGGGGAAAUCCUCUCAGUAAUCACGGAACCUGAGGAUGUGAUUUGUUUGCUUUAUUUUGUAUGUACUUCUUUUAUGGCUGUCAUCUGAACAUUAUUUUAGCAUGGUAAUUCUGGAUUUUGUUCAUAUUUUCUCCAGAUAGAAAUGUAAAGAUCAAACUGUGCAAAUAUUUCAAAAUGCACAUGCUGUUUUAUUCAAAUGCCUCUUUUGUACAUGUUCAUGUUCAAUGUUUUCUUAGAAUCAGCAACUCAAUGAAGGUACUAUGAGGAUUUUUCUCACUGGCAUAAUUUGAUUACAUGCUAAACAGGAAUAUAUGUUAAUAUGAGGAAAUGUAAAUUAAAUUAGUUAUAAAUAAAUAACAAACCAAAAAUGUAUGUAAACAUUCAAAUGAUUAUCUGAACAAAUGUGAUUUUGUUAUGUUUUUCUUAACCCAUGUGAUGUCCUCCAAAAUGUGUAGGGGAAAAAUUCACAGGGCUUCCAGAUCACUUUUUCACUAUUAAAUUUUAUUUAUAUAAUGUUGACAUCUCAUAGUUCAUAAUGUAAUUUUGACUCAUGCAGUCUUAAUUACUCUGUGUGUGUCUGCGUGUCUGUGUGAGAGAGAGAAAAAGAGAGAUCAGGUCCUUUCAUCACUGGAGUAGAGUUUUUAAAUCCAUAUUUCUAGAAAUUAGAGCUGCCAGUUUAUAGUAGUUUGAGCACAGAGAACGAUUUGAAAAAAAAUCAGUAAAGUUAUUUUACUCUCCUUCAUUCAUUGAGUCAUUCAGGUGUCUGUUAAUCACCUGUUUGCCCAGGCACUGUGCACAGUGCUGUGGGAUACAGUGCUGAACAAGACAGACUUGGUUCCUGCUUUACAUAGUGUACGGUCUAGCUUCAGCAGAUGGAAAACCAGCACUGAGAAAACCAAGGUGAGGCCUUGAGCUCUUUGUUUUUACACCAGUCAGUGAGGAGAUAAUUAUGAAAACAAGAAGUCUUGAGUAAAUAUUGAGGUCAUUGUUUUUGGCUUAAGUCAAUUUAUUAUUUUAAAAAACCAAUACUAAUGUUUUUCGAUUUUAAUUGUCAUUUUGGUGAGGCUAGCACCUUAAUAAUCACUGUUUAAUUAGUUUUAUAUUCAUUUUUCAAAAGCAAUUAUUUAAGCCAUUUUCAGUAGUGGCCCUUUUAGUGUUGCUCAGCAAUCUGAAUGGUCUUGGAGUUAUUUUCAUUAAUUAAAAUCAAAAGAUAGUUUCAAAACCCUAUUUGUUUUCUUGUUCACAGUAUCUAAUGCAUGACACUUAACAAACAUUUCCCCUUAUACUUCUCUUUAGGAGUGUAGCACAUAUAGAUUGAGCUAUGUAGAUUGCAAUAAUGUAUGUUAACUUUAGUAAUUUAAGACUGGUACCUUUCUAUAGUAUGAAUGUCUUAAUUUUGAGUUAUAACAUGAAGUUUAUGUGAAUGGCUGUUGAACAUUCAAAUUGUAAUUAUUUGGGGACGAAGGGAAUAUUUGACUGACAGUGAGCCUUAUUAAGAACACUGCUAUAGUUCUGAAGGGGAGAUAUAAAAUCUAUGGUUAUAUAUAAAAAUAACUUAGAUUAUAUAGCUGUAAUUAUAAAAUAUAUUGGCUUUUCUUUAAUUUUCAAUAUGAAAAGACAGAUAUUUCCUGCAUAAUUUUGUUAUAUAAAACAGCUUUUAGGCAGCAUUUACUAAAGUUAUAUAAGCAUAAGCACACAGUUCCCCAUUUACUACUUUAAUGCCAAGAUGAGGGAUUAGCUGCUUGGUUUUAUGACAUCAGGGCUCUUAAGGGCCAGGGAAACAACUCUAAUCCUUUGGGGGCAGGGGGCAGGGGUUUCUGGGGCUGUGGGGAGGGAAGUGCAAGUGCCUGGGGACCAGAGUGGCCUCUAGCCCUGGAACUGAACACUUUUAAACCUGACGAGCCUUAGCUCAGGAAGUACUAUGUACCAGUCUCUUCAGAAAGGUGGCCCGCGCCACCAUGAAGCAACAGAAGAGCAUGGGCUGACUAAAGUUGGAUGGACCUGCCUUCAUAUCCUAGUUCUGCUUUUAAUAACUAUGUAUGACUUUGCCAAGUGACAACUUGCUCUCAGCUGCAGUUUUCUUCAUCUCUGAAAUGCAAGUAAUACGUAUCUCACAAGACUGUUUCUAGGAUUAACUGAGAAAUCAAAGGAACAGAGGCACUUUAGGCUCGAAAUAGCCCCUACAGAGCGGUAGUUGUUUCUUAAUUGCUAAAGAGCCCGAGCACACUCUAGGAAAAGGGGAUGAAGAGGUGCAAGAAAGGCAUUAGGGGACAGGUUGAAGGGAUGCUGUAGACUUUUGGGAUGGGUGGGUAUAUUUUGUGUUUUCCAGUUUAUUUUCAUGUUGCUUACUGUGUUAUUUCUAUAAACUUUAAUGUUUUAAACUUCUUUUAUAAAAUUCAAUGAUAACUAGUAGAAUUCUCUUCUUUCAGAAGUUAACUUGUCUCCAAAGUGGCUGAAAAUAUUGUUCAUCAUUACAUGAUUAUCAAAUGACUGUGAAGAAUAUAAAAUUAAACUUAGUGACUUAAUUAGUCACUGCCUUGCUAACUGUGCUGUAAUUUUUUUAAACGUCUUGUUUUUAAUAUAGCAGACUAUCUCAAUACUGGCUGGAUUAGGUUAAAUAAAGAAUUUUUAUGUUC